CGCGAAGAACAUAACUCCUGCAACAAGUAAAACCAACGAAUUGGUUACCGAAGCAGCACAGAAAUCAGCAUUAUCUGGUAAUCGUUGUUAGCCAAUUACAGAAGAAGAGAACCCCCACCAACCUAAUAAGCAGAGAGGGAGAAGCCGGAAUCCGUCUCUUGCGCGCGUACUCAUUUCCGCCCCAUCUGUCCAAGUACACCUCGGACCUCCGUUCGCCGGACAAUGGCCGGUUCCGAGUCUCAAUACGCACCGGCGUCCACUCCAAAAGAGCCCCUCUUGAAGCGGCUUAAGGGCAUUUGGCGCUUCUCCAUGAUCGUCAACUUGGCUGUGGGAGCUUACAUCUUCGCUCAUGCUGGCAAGAAAAACGGGGGGAAACAUGUGGAGAAUGUCGAGAAAGCAAAGCCCGAGUCUUUGCUGGAAGAAUACUCUGAUCCUUACGACUCCAUAGUCGAGAAAUUAACUCCUCUCCAUAGGGAGCCAAUAUCUGAAGAUCAGCAGCGUGAGCUCUUCAAGUGGAUGUUGGAAGAGAAGCGGCAAAUGAAGCCUAGCGAUCGUGGAGAGAAGAAAAGGGUUGAUGAAGAGAAGGCCAUUCUCAAAAAAUUUAUCGGCGCCAAGACAAUUCCGAGGAUUUAAUUCAGAAGUGUCUGUUCUGACUUUCAACAGGAUGCCACUUUUACUACGAGGCAUUGAUUUGUUGAACACGAAUCAUUCUAACUCGAUUUCAAUCCAGCCAUGUGUCUUUUAAACUUCAUUGCCCAACUGCCACACAUGAACGUAUUGAUUGAAGUUCCAUUGGUUGUUGUAAAUUCUCUGUCGUGUUCAUGUUUAUCUACCAUGUGGAAAGUGGGAAUAUACCUGUUUGGCGAGUAUGAACUUUUACCAUUGCAGUGUCAUAUCCAGAGCUCAAGUUGGUGGCAGUAUCUCUCUUGUCCACCAUUAAGAAGCUGGGGUAGUUUCCUCUAAGGAGAUUGGGGAGUUUUGAGCUGAUGGAGGGAAUUUUUCAUAGAUGGGACAUUUUCUCAAACAGUUGGAAGGCACGAACGAACGUGGUCACUAGAACAUAUGGAUAAGCCAAAAACGGACCACAAAUUCCAGAGAGCUAAAGGGAAUUGCCUAACGGUUGAAAUCAAAUAAUGGAGGCAGAAGAAGUGAGACAAAACCAAAAGAUUUGGGCUUUGGUUUUCCCUUUCUGAAAGGUUAACUAACUUGAAGCACAGCCACACCCUCAAAAUGUUCCAUCCAGUGCAGUGGUUGGUUCGAAUCUUUUUCCAGAAUCGAUUCCCAUCGCUUCUGAAUUCUUCUGCACAAGCACAGGGCUAGAGUUCGAAGGUCUCCAAAAUAAUGCCAGGAUCCAUCCAAGUUUCAGUUCUAGAGUUCAUAGAUCUGCAAUCCUUGAUUCCUUCCAAUCAAAUAUACGUCAAAGUUUCCCUGGGGAAAAGGGAAUACCGAACUUUGAACAAAGGCGACUUCUCUUUCCCAUUGACAACUCUCCGGGAAAAUGUCAUUGUCACACUUCAGGACUCUGAUGGAAAUGAAAUCUCCCAUACAGAAGGCGUGGAGACGAGGUUGCUGAUUCAGAAAGGGACCUGGGAUGACAUGUUCCCUCUAGAUGGUGGUGGGCAUAUCCACUUGAAGCUUCGGUUUGUCCUCACCGAAGAAGAUCGUGAAAGAAUCAGAGUCAUGAGAGAAACUGCAUUGAGAAAGAAACAUGAUGAACUUGUUAGCAGCGGAAGCAGAAGUGUGGUGAAGAAUGAAACAGACAGAUGCAAGGACACUGCUUCAUCCGCCCAUGUAAAGGAAGUGAAAAAGGAGAGAUCGGUAGUCUUCUCAACUGAAGGAUCCAUUGGAACAACCAUUUCAACGAGGCAAAAUCCUACGAAGAAAGUUCAUGGUAGUGUGAAGAACAUGAUUAGUGCCUUUGAAAGUAGUGUGCAUCAGGAUAUGAGGACUAAAGUAAGACAACAAAUGACAAAAUCACAGUCAGUCAACAACUUAGUUGUUGUUCCUUCCUCUGAAUCCAAGUUGCAGAAGGUUAGAUCAACAGAGUCACUUUCAGAAAAGCUUGGCAGUACUUUAAGUCAGCACAAUGGAGCUGGUGAGAUACACAUGAUGGAAGAGAAAACAGUUUCUGAAGAUUUGGCAAAAAGAACAAGUACAAGUUAUUUGUUGAAUCAGGACACGAGUAGUAAAACACAGAAGGUUCGGUCAAUUGCUAAUGAGAUCCUUGUCAAUGAAGAGAAGAAAGAUUCUGAAGAUUUGGUUAGAUGGGAAACUGCAUGUGAGAGGGCUUCUUUCUCAGGGGCCAUCCAUGAUCACCACAGUGACUCAUCAUUAGCUAUGAAAAAGCAUUCCGGUUCACUGGAAACUUUGUGUGAUGAAGUUUUGGGAGAUGAUCGUCGUUCCACUGAAUGUUCCGGUGCAUGGAUAUUUCCUGAUCAAGGUAGACGCUUGUGUGUUUCAACUGCUGGCAAACAGGUGCUGAAUGUAAUUGGUGGUUUCUGGUCUGAACUCGAAAGCACAUUAUGUCCAGGAAACAUUAUCAGUCCUGUAGUGCAUUUUGUUCACGGUGACACUGGAAUUCCUCCCAAAGAGAAUGGAGAUCUCGGGAGAGAAUCAACUACCAAGGAAGGUUCAAGAGAUGCCGAAACUCCAAGAGGACCCCUUAGACAGGUGAUGAGAGUUGCAAUCAUGGUUGGGUUCACAGCACUUGUUGUGUUUACUAGACAGAGAAAGCCAGAUAGAUGAGAUGCAGCAAAUGCUGGUGAUAGGAAGGCCAUGGAGCGGAGACAUCCUUGACUAUUUUUGGUUUAUUGAUGCUUAGAACUUAACAGUCGUUUGUAUUUUGCCACAGAUAUGUAACAUCUUCAAGUUCAUGGUACUCUUGUUGAAAAAAUACUUUACAACUAUUCUCCCUGGGCACGUUAUGGAGGAAAACACGAAUAAAAUUCU